AUGUAUGUUAAGAUCGAGACGUCAAGAUUAGAUUAUUUCCGUAGCAAACAACAACAUAUUCAAUCUGAGUUAUAUCAAGGUAUUGUUGAUACCAUUACACUUGGGGAAACUGAUGCUUCUAAUGUUGGGAAACAGAUUAUUCUGCCUUCGUCAUUUAUUGGGGGUCCAAGAGAUAUGCAAAAAAGAUAUAUGGAAGCAAUGGCUUUAGUUCAGCGUUAUGGUAAACCAGACAUUUUUUUAACAACGACGUGCAAUCCAAAUUGGCAAGAAAUUUCAAAUGAAUUACGCCUGCAUGAGGAGAGUCAAAAUCGGUCUGAUUUGGUUGCUCGGGUCUUUCGUGCAAAAUUAGAAGAAUUAAAGGAUCGAUUAUUCAAGCAGCAGAUAUUUGGAAAAGUCUCGGCAUAUGUUUAUAUUAUUGAGCACCAAAAAAGAGGGCUUCCACAUGCGCAUUUUUUAAUUAUAUUACAGAGGAAUUGGAAACUCUAUGUGCCUGAAUCUUUUGAUGAGAUCGUAUCGGCAGAAAUACCUGAUAAAAAUACAAAUCUGCACUUGCAUAAUGCUGUUAUCAAACAUAUGGUGCAUGGACCAUGUGGAGUGUUGAAUCCAACAAAUGUUUGCAUGAAAAAAAAUGGUUGUUGCAAAAGCCAAUAUCCAAAAAGUUAUGCAUCAGGUACGACUGUUGGAAAUGAUUGCUUCCCAAUAUAUAAGCGUUCUGACAAUGGAAUAACUGUCAAACUGAGAGGCCAUAAUUUGGAUAACCGUUGGGUCGUUCCAUAUAAUCCAUAUUUGCUUGCAACAUUUGACUGUCACAUUAAUGUGGAGAUUUUUUCUACGAUAAAAGUAGUCAAAUAUCUUUAUAAGUAUGUUUACAAAGGGCAUGAUCGUGUUGCUUUCAAUUUGGUUUCCAAACAAACUAAUCAACAAAUUGACGAAAUCCAACAAUUCCAAUCGGCCGAUGGAUUGCUCCACCUGAAGCUAUGUGGAGAAUAUACGACUUCAUUGUUAAUGAAAUGUACCCAUCAGUAUAUAGCUUACAUUUACAUCUUGAGGAUAAACACCAAGUAA